AUGGCUGGGAACGUCUCCCCACCCGGUCCUGGCGGACACCUCCGGGGCCCCGCCUUCCCGGGGCUGAGGUGUGUGUGUGUGACAGGCUCUCCUAGGAAGCCACGUCCCCUCUUGGGGAUCACUGGCCCAGAGCGCACGGAGGCACGACCCUCUCACCCCAGCCAGGAGAAAGACUCAGGGGGUCAAGAAGCUGCCCAGAACCAGUCGAAGGCGCUCGGGUCGUUCGGAAAUACUACACUGAUUCCGAGGACUUCCGAGCCCGAGCUCUCCCCCACGUUUCUGGAAUUCCCUGCCUCGGGGCGGGGAGCUGCACUGAGGUUCCAGGAGAGUGCACGCAAAAGUUGGUUACAUCUUAGGCUCAGCCUUGAGAAGGAGCUCGGGACGCUGAUCCUGGGCACAGGAGUCGCAGGAAACUCCAUCCUCCUCCAUCCUACGUCCCGCGUCCCCGAGGCUGUGGUCACACUGCCCGGCCCGAGGCUCAAUAAUGCACGGACUUACCUGCUCCCACGCCCCUCGGGCCGCCUCGCCAGCCCGCCGCCGCCGCUGCCGAGUCCCAAGCCGGCCCGGGUCUCCUCGGAGGUGUUUCAGGCGUAG